AAGUUUUUAACCGGAAGUGCCUACCGCGGAUCCAUGUGCGUCUGAGCGGCACGAAUUUUCUAGACAGUUCUUCCUCCCAUAUUUCUACGUUUCAAGCUCAACUCCGAUUUAUUUAUUUUCCUUGUGACGCAGAGCUAACUAGGGCUUCACAAACAAUGUCGGUGAUAGGUGAGGAUCAAGUGCGCGGCGUUAUGUUUAAAGACAUGAACGCAGACGAGGACGACGCUCAGCCCACUGAAAUCGAGAGCUUGUGUAUGAACUGCUACGAGAACGGAAAGACUCGUCUUCUUCUAACCAAAAUCCCCUUCUUUAGGGAGAUCAUCAUCAGUUCCUUCACAUGUCCUCACUGUCACUGGACCAAUACAGAGAUCCAGUCUGCAGGUCGAAUCCAGGAGCAGGGAGUCUGCUACACACUCCACAUAAAGACUAAAGAGGAUAUGAACCGCGAGGUUGUGAAGACGGACAGUGCCACUACUAGAAUUCCUGAGCUGGACUUUGAAAUCCCUGCAUUCACACAAAAGGGCUCACUCUCUACCGUUGAGGGACUCCUCGACAGAGCAGUAGCAGGAUUAGAACAAGAUCAACCAAUACGACGGGCCACUGAUCCGGAAGUAGCAGACAAAAUAGACCAGUUUAUUCAGAGACUCCAAAAACUGAAAGAUGUUGCAGAAGAAUUUACACUGAUCAUUAAUGAUCCUUCAGGGAACAGUUUCAUAGAGAAUCCAUUUGCACCACAGAAAGACCAAGCUCUCACCGUAUCUUAUUACAAAAGGACACCUGAACAAAACACAGCCCUUGGGAUACAGGAAAGUGAACCAGUGGAAGAGGAGAAAGCUGGCAACGAUUUGGACACAAUGAGGAACGAAGUCCUGGUGUUCAACACCAACUGUCCAGAGUGCAACGCUCCUGCCUCAACAAACAUGAAACUUGUCCAAAUUCCACAUUUCAAAGAAGUUAUCAUCAUGGCCACCAACUGUGACAGCUGUGGACAUCGAACUAAUGAGGUGAAAUCAGGUGGUGCUACAGAGGAGCUGGGAACCAGAAUCACUCUCCAUCUUACUGACCCGUCGGACAUGUCACGAGACCUGCUAAAGUCAGAGACUUGCAGCGUUCUGAUCCCGGAGCUGGAGUUUGAACUAGGCAUGGCGGCGUUAGGAGGAAAAUUCACCACUCUGGAAGGGCUCCUUAAGGACAUCAAGGAACUAAUCGUCAUGAAGAACCCCUUCGUUUGCGGAGACAGUGCCGUCUCUGACACAUCUGAGAAACUGGAGCUGUUUGGGAAAAAGAUCGACAAGAUUAUGUCUGGAGAAAUAGACGCCCACAUCAUCCUCGAUGAUCCGGCAGGGAACAGUUACCUGCAGAACAUUUACGCUCCAGACCCCGAUCCUGAGAUGAAGAUUGAAAAGUACGUGCGAACGUUUGAACAGAAUGAAGACCUGGGACUGAAUGACAUGAAAACGGAGGGUUACAGCGAGGCAGGGAAUUGAGGCUGACUUAUAAAUAAACCUGAAGCCAGGAGUCAAGAUUUGUUACCGCUAUGGGCUUUUUUUUUUUUUAUUGUUUUUAU